GGCGCGGGCGGGCGGGCGGCGGCGGGCGGCGCCCCCCGGCAAUAUGUUCAAGAGAAUGGCAGAGUUCGGGCCUGACUCCGGCGGCAGGGUGAAGGGCGUUACCAUUGUGAAGCCGAUCGUGUACGGGAACGUCGCGCGGUAUUUUGGGAAGAAGAGGGAGGAGGAUGGCCACACUCACCAGUGGACGGUGUAUGUGAAGCCGUACCGGAACGAGGACAUGUCUGCCUAUGUGAAAAAAAUUCAGUUCAAGUUGCAUGAAAGCUAUGGUAAUCCUUUAAGAGUUGUUACCAAACCACCGUAUGAAAUCACCGAAACAGGCUGGGGUGAAUUCGAAAUAAUCAUUAAGAUAUUUUUCAUUGAUCCAAAUGAAAGACCUGUAACCUUAUAUCACUUGCUGAAGCUUUUUCAGUCGGAUACAAAUGCCAUCCUGGGGAAGAAAACUGUAGUUUCUGAAUUCUAUGAUGAAAUGAUAUUUCAAGAUCCUACUGCAAUGAUGCAGCAGCUGUUAACAACAUCUCGUCAACUAACACUAGGUGCUUAUAAGCAUGAAACAGAGUUUGCAGAUCUUGAAGUGAAAACCAGGGAAAAGCUGGAAGCUGCCAAAAAGAAGACUAGUUUUGAAAUUGCUGAGCUUAAAGAAAGACUAAAAGCAAGUCGUGAAACUAUCAACUGUUUAAAGAAUGAAAUCAGAAAACUUGAAGAAGAUGAUCAGUCUAAGGAUAUGUGACAAGUGUGGACUUGAUAAAGAGCCUAUGCUGAAAAUGGGAGGACUUCAGUCAUGGAACUGUAUGAGUUCAGUUCUAUAAUCAAGACUAUGAGAAUUUCACUGGCAAGUGAUUGAAGUUUGUGGGAAUCAACUUUAUAAAUGGAAGAAAAAAGAAAGAAUGUAUCCUUGUUUUAUAGUUAAAAUCUGUGGGUACUUAACAACUUAUUUCAAGUAGAAGGGGUCUCAGAGACCAGACUUAUUUCUUUUUUUUUUAAACUGCAUUUGAGUCGUAUAUGAAAACUUUGUAUUAAGUCUUGUAUUAGUUCAAUGUUAUUUUACGAAAUGCUGGUGUUUACUUUUUUUACUUGUUUUUUUUCUACUGAUUGUUUAGAGGUGCAUCUUUAGAGCUAAAAAUAAAAUAUGCAAUUUUUUAUUUUAA